GGGGGCGGCGGCGGCGGCUCCGGCUCUGGCUCCCGGCACCAACCGGAAGCGCGGGGGACGGAGCGGGAGACGCGGUCGUGCCGGUGGUAGCUUCCAUCGGCGGCUCCGGGAACUGCGCCGCUCGGGUCCCGUCAGCCCGGAGCCCCUCGGGAAAGGUUUUACUGUGGUGUAUUUUGUCAUUAUGAGAUGUCGUCUACCAGUGCUUCAUUUGUGCAAAUUAAAUUUGAUGACUUGCAGUUUUUUGAGAACUGCGGUGGAGGGAGUUUUGGGAGUGUCUACCGAGCCCGAUGGAUUUCCCAGGACAAGGAGGUGGCAGUAAAGAAGCUGCUCAAAAUAGAAAAAGAGGCAGAAAUCCUCAGUGUGCUCAGUCACAAAAACAUCAUUCAGUUCUAUGGAGCUGUCAUUGAACCUCCAAAUUAUGGCAUAGUUACAGAGUAUGCUUCUGCUGGUUCACUGUUUGAUUAUAUUAAUAGUAACAAAAGUGAAGAGAUGGAUAUGGAUCAUAUCAUGACCUGGGCCACUGACAUAGCUAAAGGAAUGCACUAUUUACAYAUGGAAGCUCCAGUCAAAGUUAUCCACAGGGACCUGAAGUCCAGGAAUGUUGUUAUAGCUGCUGAUGGUGUAUUAAAGAUCUGCGAUUUUGGUGCCUCCAGAUUCCACUCCCAUACAACACACAUGUCAUUAGUGGGCACUUUCCCGUGGAUGGCCCCAGAAGUUAUUCAAAGUCUUCCAGUGUCUGAAACAUGUGACACAUACUCGUACGGAGUGGUUCUCUGGGAGAUGCUAACAAGGGAGGUCCCCUUUAAAGGCUUGGAAGGAUUACAAGUAGCUUGGCUUGUAGUGGAAAAAAACGAGAGAUUAACCAUUCCAAGCAGUUGUCCCAGAAGUUUUGCAGAACUGAUGCACCAGUGUUGGGAUGCUGAUUCAAAGAAAAGACCAUCUUUCAAGCAGAUUAUUUCAAUCCUGGAAUCUAUGUCAAAUGACAGCAACCUUCCAGACCAGUGUAACUCAUUCCUGCAUAACAAGGCGGAGUGGAGAUGUGAAAUUGAGGCAACCUUAGAGAGACUAAAGAAACUGGAGCGUGAUCUGAGCUUUAAAGAGCAGGAACUAAAGGAACGGGAGAGACGUUUGAAGAUGUGGGAGCAGAAGUUAACUGAACAAUCAAAUACUCCUUUUUUCUUACCUCUUGCUGCAAGAAUGUCUCAGGAGUCUUACUUUGAAUCUAAAACAGAGGAGUCAAACAGUGCAGAGAUGUCAUGUCAGAUCACAGCAACAAGUAACGGGGAGGUAGCUGGCAUGAACCAAAGUCUGAAGGCCUUGAUGAUGACGGGCUUUGGGGAUAUCUUCUCUCUGAACCAAGCAGGAUCUGUCCUGCAAUCUGGAAUGCAGAUAAACAUGCAAGCCAAAAAGAAUUCUUCUAAAACCACCUCUAUGAGAAAAGGGAAGAAAAUCAACAUGGCUUUGGGUUUCAGUGAAUUCGACUGGUCAGAUGACGAUGAUGAUGAUGAUGAUGAUUUUGAUGACACAGAUGAUAGCAGCGAAUGAAAUAAGUUGUAGAAUUAACCCUGAAAUCAUUUUAGCAAAGCAAAACAAUAAAGUUUUAGAACAAGAAUCCUGUCAGUUUGGUCUGUUUAAAUCCUGUAAAAGAACAAAAAAUGRAAAASMAAAAACAAACAGCAACAACAACAAAAUACAUUUUCCAGGCUAAGCAUAUUUGUGUGUAGAAAGAUAUGUUGUUUUUGUUUCGACUUUGCUGACUUAUUUCUGCUUUGAUGAAAUUUGGACCUAAACUUUCCAAACUAAUUGAGAUUAUUAUUAUUUUAAGAACCAUGAUUAUAUCUGUAAUUCCUAAUGCCUGAUUACAGAAACUAUGCCUUCAUAAAUUUAAGAUCUGGAAACACUGGGAGAAACUUCAAUGCCUUUAAUGCCAUUAAUGGACUUCAAAUUUUUCUUUUGUUUUUUUUUUGUCAUUUCCCUUACCCCUAUAAUUGUCAAUCAUAUGUGUAUACUUGUACUUCCAGAUUUGCUAUUCUCUACAUCCAUUCUUUCUUACUGUUGCAGUGAAGGGGUUUCUGUGUUUCUAAUUUAAAGCCUUUUUCAAGGCAGCAUUGUGGGAAGUCACAAAUAGGUUUCUAGGAAGAGAGAAGCUUGGGGGGAAGAGAGGGGUUAGUUAAAUGUAUAGUUUAAAAACUGAAUAGCAGCAGAAUCCACAUAAUCCCUAUUAGUAGAUGAUUUGUAUAAAUUUUUUUUUCCUCACGUGUAUGUGCAUGUGUAUAUAAUUCACUCUAGCAAAGCAAACUGCAAUCAGACCUCUGCAUCUAUUAUCAGAUAUUGUGAUCUAGAAGCUAAUUUUCAGUUAUGUUGAUGUGAAUCCAUGAAGCCUCAUUAACUUUGAUGGACUUAUUCUUGUACCUGAGAGCAAAAACUGGUAUUUGUGAAUUUUGAUUUURUUGUAUCUCUUAAUUGGUUGUGCUAUCCUUAGGAAAGGACAAAGAGAAGCCACUAUGACAUUUCAGCUUGAGCCCUACUACUGUGGCUURUGUGAAGUUCUCUGUGAUGGCAGUAAUGUCAGGAAUAUUUACUAGUCUCUGCAUGCCUGUUUUUUGCAGCUACAUUACAUUUAAAGCAUAGCCACUGCUGUUAUGGCUUACCACAAAACCCAGUGUGUAACAAUCUGCUGCAAUAAUUGCCUGCCAGGCACUUAUGUUGAGAGCAGUGAGGAUGUUUCUCCUGAUGACCCCUUUAGUGGUGAUGCAGAAGGAGGGAGGGAAACCAGUGCGAACACAGAUGCAGGUUAGAAAAGAAGAUGUAAAAUAUCUGCCAAGGAAGAAGGGCAGCAUUUCAAAAGGAAGAUGUUACUGUGUAGUUCAGCAGUAGUGGGAAUAAUCCAUCAAAAUUCCAUUCUCAAUUACUCGAAGGGUUUCUUUUAUGAAAACUUCUGGUUUUGAGUGGCUUCUUUAAUUAUAGGCUUGCCUGUAACACAGCUCUAACCUACAUAUUAUGGUGAGUGUUUUGUGGAUAGCUUAGAGAAAAAUGGAUACAUUAGAUAACAGCAGGCCUGAAAUAAUUACAUGUUCACUCAACAAMACAGAAGGUUCUUUGAAAGAGUUUUUCUAGAGCGGGCAUCUGUUUGGGUCUUGAGAAAGAAUYGUUUUAUUCUUUACCAUCAGCACUGGUCUGGUAACCUGUAAGGCAGCAAGUGCUGUGCUUCAAGCUGGCCUUUCCUGUUCAGUUUGCGCAGGAUUAGCCCCACUGAGAUGUUUGGUUUCUGCAGAAUAUCAUUGAACAUUCUACCAAACAGUUGCAAAUCUAUUGAUUUGAAGGCAGUCCUCUUGUAUGUGGAAGCUUUUCUCAUGAUGAAAUUGUAAUUUAAAUUAUGCAGUGAAUGUACAAAGUAUCCCAAGGAGAAACUUACUCCUUACGCAUGGGUGGGGGUGUCUUCUUCGGUCCAUGAGAGCAACCUGAUUUUAGGGAGAAAAAGAGAUGUGGAAGGGCAAAUAAUGMGAUGGAAAUAAGAACAGAUAGGCUUUUCCAGUGCAGAUUUGUACUAUUUUUGUGAGUCUACRUCUGCUAAUACCCACAGCAAUGAUACUGUUUUUGUAACUGCCACUUUGCACUCAGCAAAAUUUGAUGGAUUUGUUUAAUAUAAUAUGUGCACAUUGGAUCUUAAGAUGUGUGUCAUUGUGCAUAAAUUACUGUACCACAUAGGCAGUGUAGGGUUGUACAACUGAAAAUUAAAUUUAGUUCAGUAUAUCUAGGAUUCGAAAACAGAACAAAACAAAAAAUCUUUUCCUAGCAUUGAUAUUUUGCACKUUUUUGGUGUUUGAUAAUCUCAGAGCACUUCAUGCACAUUUAUGUUCAUAUGGGUUUUAACUGAAUUUGUAAAUUCACUCCUUAAUAUUAACAGAAAUAAAACUAGUUUUUAAGUAGUAUGACACAGAUUUUCGUAGUUGCAAAAUCACAAAGUUUAAGUCUUUCUUCAAGGUUUUGUGCUUAACCAAGUCURUAACUUGUAUUAGCAAAUAUUAUCAGAAUGUGAUAAUGUGCAUGUAGUAAUUUCUGCUAUUUGUUUCAGUAUUUUUUAAUGAAACAAGAUGGAUUUUUUUCCCUUCAUCUUUCUUUCCCCAUAUAUAUGUCAAAGCAAAUUAAACUAUAUUAGAGGAAAAUUCAAGCUCUUGUAAAACUUCCCUAUGCAUUUAAAGUCACAAAGGUGAUCUCUGAAUUGUAGAUAAGGUGACAACAUACGACAGACUCUUCUGAUGUGGUUGACAUAGUGUUACACUUAGGAUGUUGGCUGUGCUUACUAAAAAAGUAGUGGUAUUGAUUGCAUUUUUGGUUUCCUGUGAUGAGUUUCCUACCAGAUGUCUCCAGUUUACAAGCCRAAUAUCAUACGUGAGAAUCAAGCUGUGUUGUUUUUGCCUCUGAAAUGCUUCUCACUAGAUGAAGGCUUUGAAAGUGGUUCUGGUGAGCAGGUGUGGUGCUUGGAGGAGGUCAGAGUAUUUCAUCAUCCACACCUGAUUUUGUUCUGCAGAAUAUCCCAAUCCAUCCUCUAUGUGUCUCAUCACCAGGUUAUAAGAAUCUCCACAAUAGUCCACAGCCAUAUAGCGUGUCAGCUUAUGAAAGCRUUAACCAAACCCAGAAGGCAAUUCUCUGGCUGCUCUGGGCCAAAACCAGAGCAAACCACCUAAGUCUUCCUGUGCCUUGUACACCUCUCAGCUCACUGAGUCCUGCCAGGCCUUUUGGGUUCCCAGUUUUCUAUUUCUCUCAUAAACCUGAAGGUUUCCAGUAAAAUAAUAUCGUUGCAUUUGAUGGAGGGGAAAGGUAAGAACUAGGCCUGACCUUCCUGUUUUUACCAGGCUGCUGUACUGCAAACAUUGACUUAGGUGGGUAAACAGCCUGAGGGAAGAAUGGGGAGAAUCAACUUUUGGCUUACGUAAAGAUGCACGGUCAGCUGGGACCAGGACAGGAUGUCCAACUCCAAACUCCUUUUCCUUCAGUAAGGGUGAAAGAAAAUGGAAAGGGGACUUAAUGGAGGAAAUGACUAUCGCUCUAGUCAUUUUUGUGACUAUGACAUCACAGAUUCCUUGGAGUAGGAAGUGGCCUAAGGUAUGGUGUGUAAGUGUGCUUCAUCGCCAGCCACAUCUUUGUGUGCUCCCUGACAUGGAGCUUGUCCCCUCUGGAUGGGAAGGGCUUCCUGGAGAUGAGGUCKGGCGUGGCCUCUUGUCACACAGUCAUGCUCUUGACUUGUCAUUUGUUUGUCUUUACAGAGGUUUUUUUAGAUGUUGAUUCCCUUUCCUUCUGGGUUUUAAAGUGUUUAUUCGGAAUUAAAUAUCUGAUGCAGUAAYGAUUGGUAUUGCUCUCAGCAGUGGCAAUAGAUCCAUAGUGUGCAUAUAGCUGUUAAGUAUUCAGAAGUGUUACUGUGUGUCUUUAGUACUGUACUUCCUUUUUCUGUAAUCAGGCAGCUUUUACAGGUUUUUAAUAAGACCUCUAACCUGACAGAGGUUUUAACUACAGUCCUAGGUAGAACGUUCAGGUAUAAAAAGUAAGUUCAUUUAGUAAUUUUCAUAGCCCUUAAAAUGCACUGGUAGGAAUCUGGAGGAGAGACCUUUCCCUUUCCCCCAGGUUUCGACUUAGUGUACACUGUAAAAUCUGCACAGAGAUUUCUGAUGUGCAAAGAUYUAAUUUUAAAACUUUAGAACCAACAACUUUCUUUAAACAUUUUAUAUUGUGUGCUAAAUUCAUAUGCCUUUUAAAGUCAGAUAUAGUCCACUGCAUUUCUUGCUUUUGCACUACUGAAGAAGUUUUGUACUGAAUAGUAGGAGUCGAUGCUAUUUACACUUCUAGUUUGAACUGAUGGAAUUUGAAUAGAAAAUAUUUUCACAGUGUUAGAAAACUUCAUUUUCCAUUCUGAAAAAUCAAAGCUGGUUGCAAUGCCUAUGCCAAGACUCUUGUGCUGUAAACUGAAUAUAUCAUUUGUGUGGAACGUGCAAUGUUACACUUCUGUGUGGUAAAAUCUUGCAGUGUCAGUUAUCCUUUUUAUUGCACUUGACAUACCAUGUCUUGUUUUAUUCACACUGUGGAUUUGAUUUUCCAGUGUAAAACCAAAGCAAACAAAACGAAAWCAUGCAAUGUAUUCAACUUCCUCGAUUGGUGUCGUAAACUUUCUUUUGAUGUGAACUUUUCCUUUGCUUCUCUUUUGUUCCAAACUUCUAUUUGCAAUAAACAUUUUGACAGUAAA